AUGGCGUCGACGAGAGCCUUCAGGGCCCGGCCUGUCGACAUAAGCCGGGCCCUGCCAAUUGUACGGGAUCUCACCCUCCUUGACUCCACCGAGGGCCUCCCAGCGCGAGAAGUGGUGCACAAUCAUGCCGCACUGGAUGCCGACAACGAAAAGCCAAAAAUGAUAAGUCAGGCAGAUGGCAAGGGUGGCAAGGAGAUUCCCAUUCCCGGUGUGAAGACCAUCCCUUCCUAUGAGAGGGAUUACCUGCCCACAUGGAAGGACCAGAACACUUACAUCCGAGACCGAGGGACGGCGGAACAAGAGUUUGAGCUCGUGGAGUAUGACCUGGACUCGGAAGACGAGCGCUGGCUGCAGGACCUGAACAACGGUCAGGUGAUCAAUAUGGAACGAUUGCCCAAGGCGAGACUCGAGAUGAUGCUUUGGAAGCUAGAGAUACACAAUGCAGCUGCUACAGAUAGGGCCCUGGCCUUUGCGGGUGCCUCUGCGGCUGAGAGAAUGAGCGUGGCGGCUUGCUCCACCACCGACCACAUGCCACGCGAGGAGGCGCUGCAGAUGCUGGAGGAAUCCUGCACGGGGCGCGAUGUGCUUCGGGCCACGGUGUACGACUACUGGCUGGAGAAGCGACGAAGGCUGGGCAGGCCCAUGCUCCGCCGCCUGCAGGCACUGACACCUCCCAAUGACAACAACCCCUACAAUGUGUUCAGACCGAGGGAAAGGGUGCACCGUCCCCAGACGCGGCGCAGAAGGGAGAACAACGAGGACUCCCUGGACAAGUUGCGGAUGGUCCGUGAGAAUGUGCUCAAGGCCCUUGACCUGUUUGAGAUGCUGGUCAAGAGGGAACGGAAGAAGCGAGAUCUCCUGUUUGUUGCGACGGACCUGCAGCAGAUCCAGCUGAAGCUGCGGCACGAGCCCCGAGGCCGCUCAGAGCAGAUCGAGGAGCAGUAUCUUGCUGCAUCCAAGUCCAAGUCUGUGAAGAGACCUCUUGGCUUUGAGCUGCCAGAGGCUGCUCCUGUCACCAACAACAAGCUUCUGGAGAAGCUGAAGAAGACAAAGCGGAGAGCAUGUACCCCUCGCAUCGGACGUGGCGGUAGGCUGAUUAUGGACCGCUGUCAGCCCUUUCUCGCGGAGUGGGAAGCGCCUGCGGAGGAUGAGGAGUCCAAGCAGCUGCCCCUGUAUGAGCAGCCGAAUCCGUACACUGAGUGGCUGGAGAAGAGGGACCUCGCACAGGCGGCCCUGCAGAAGUUACAAGCGGGCGAAAAGCUGCGGAUCCCUCAGAGCCUUGCAGAUGGCAUCGACGGGGUCAACGGUCACGCGGAGACGGCCAAAGUGAAGGAGGAGCCUGACGGUGCCGUGCCCGAUGAGAACGGUUCCCUGGGUGCAGGGGGCGCCGCUCGACGAGCAGGGAGUCGUCCUUCACGGAGUGGCAGCAGACAGAAUCUUGCCAGUCAAUGA